CACACAUCACGUGCAACGAACGAACGCCUUCCAAGUUUCUCCCCUCCCGCGAGAGAAGCGAUUGAGCUCGGAGGCCAGUCAGAGGAGAACCUUCGCCAUGAACGGAUACCUCGCUUUCGUCGCUCUUCUAGCCUUACCCAGGGAGAGUCUUCAGGGAUGGAUCACGAAUACGCCGACUACGGGGAGAACACCUACGGGGACAACGUCUAGAACUACUACCACGAGCACAACAACUACCGCUCUUCCCUCGCCUUGCAGCCGAUACACGUCAACUCCGCCGCUGUUUCUGCCGACCCAAUGUGGACGUUGGAACUUGCCCCCUGCAUCCACCUCAAGCAGCUGGUUCACUCGAUUCCUGGAGAUUUUCCUGCUUCCACUGGUCGGGUCAGAACUGGAGAACAGAGAGGAAGACCCCCUGAUCAUCGGUGGAGCCCCUGCCACCAUCGCGGAAGCCCCGUGGAUGGCCUACGUCUCCAUCACCAAACCGAGCGGAUCGUUUUACUGCACGGGGUCCAUCAUCGACCAGCUCCAUGUUUUGACUGCCGCUCACUGCAUCAUGGACGGGACGAAUUUGGCAACCGCUGUCAGUGUCAGGGUCGGAAGCGAAAAUUACCAACUGGGAACGACUUACACAGCUGCGACCUGGCGUCCUCAUACGUCGUAUGACAACGCUAACUUCGUGAAUGGCCACGACAUCGCCGUGAUCAAGCUGAACCAGGCCCUGACCUUCUCGCCCUCCGUUCAACCGAUCUGCGUGCCGAGGUCCGACAGCCUGAGCGAUGCCGGAGCUUGUCCCGCGAAAAUUUUCGGAUGGGGCCGCACCACCGAAACUCCUGCAGUUCGGCCCUUGGUCGUGCAGAAACUGGACGUGACUGUUCUUCCGAAGGAGUCGUGUCUCAGUGAAUUCAACAAAGGUGUCAUUUGUGUGCAGGGGAUCCCAUCAGGUUCGGGAACUUGCUCUGGAGACAGCGGAGGACCUCUUGUCGUGUACGUCGGCAGCGUGGCCUACGUCAUGGGAGUGGACUCGUAUCAUCAAGGCUCCUGUGCACAAUAUCCCUCCCGUUAUACUUGGGUCACCGCCAACGUCGAUUUCAUCUCCACCGAAGUCAUGAAUGGAUCAAAAGUUGCAGUGGCGGUGGUCGUCGUGGCUGUCACUCCCAACACGCAGGCCUAUGAUGCAAUCCCAUUCUGGAUCAUAGGCCAGGCCACCCAAGACCUAAAGCGCCAGGCCUACAAGGCUAUGCCUCUCCAGGCCAAAGUCUAG